AGGUAAUGUCCGAAGGGGUAGUAAUGGGAAGAUGUGGAAAACGGAGCCUGGUCAAUGACCAAAUGACGAGAAAAUGAAAAUAGAUAUAAAGCUAAGAUGUCCCCUGUGGUAUCACAAUAAUUACCUCUAGUUCACCAACAAAGAAAACAGGACAUCGAAGCCUCUUACCAACCACCAACAUCAACUUAUCGCCCACCCGCUCACCGCAAACAUGACGCGCCUUCUCCCCAUCCUCGCAACGGCCUUCGGCCUCGCCUCAGCCCAAGGCAACUACCCGAACCAAUCCGCGCCAUUCAACCUCGUCAUCUCGAGCUCGAACAGCACUCUCAACGGACAGAAGCUAUCCGCCUGCCACUCGGGAGCAGCGGUCGAGUCCUUGUGCCUCGACUCCUCAAUCACGACACCCCAAUUCCAGACCUUCUACUUCAACGGUACAGCGCAAGAGACCACGUCUCCGGGCUUCCUGCCCUCCGGCUUAAUCACCUGGACAUUUACCGGCGGUGUGCCUGAAUUCACCUCGAACACGGCGAUGCAGUUCUUCUACAACGCGGCGUCGAACCUCGCGUUCCCCUUGAUCUGGCCCUCUGCCGACAACGCGCAGCCAGUGUCCUUCACGGACGAGGGACUCCUGGCCGUGGGCGCGAACGUCAAUGAUGCAGUCUCCCCGCCGAAGCCGUUCGAGAACAACGUCGAGUAUUUGACGGACCGCUGGGCUAUCUGUGUGACCUACUGGCAGAGCUAUGGAUACACCGCCCUUCAGUACGUGAUGGGCAACAAGGAGCCGCAGAACCCGAGCUGCCAGCUCGUGACUGUUAAGAGGGUCUACCUAUAGUUAUCUGUCUUGAUGCGGAAGUGGAUGAUGUCAAAAAUUCGGUUAUCUCUACUGGCCAAUUCUUGGGUACCUUGAUACAUGAUACAUACCCCUACAUAGCCCCUUUAAUAUCUGCCCUAGUAUCUCUAUACGCUCCUUACUUAAUUUAGGGCCUUGGGCAUAAUAUAUUCAAUUCUCCUAGAAAUUGACUUCAGUUUCUUUAUUUACUCUCUUUGAUGUGCAGUUAGCGAAUGAAUUGCUGACUAUGUCUAUUCUAAGUUGAACAUAACC